AUGGGCCAAGCCUCGGGACGAAAGAAGCGGAAUGCUGGUUAUCGGGGAUCCGAGAUUCGGGAGAGUGGGGGAGAUAUCUCGGAACUUGUCCGCGAUGUGCAAACUGGUAAACUUGAUCCCCACUCAAUUUUAGAUGCCUACGCCAAAGUCGCUGUCAGCGCCCAAGAAAGAACCAACUGCGUGACGGAAGUUAUGGUGGAUGCCGCCCAUGAGUGGCUCCGCCGUGGCGACAUCAACUUAGAAGGGCCCCUUGCCGGCAUUCCUAUCAGCCUGAAAGACAACAUCGCUGUCGGUGGGUUUGACACGACUGUGGGCUAUAGCCAAUUUAUUGGGAACAAAUCCCAAAAUGACGGCCCCAUGGUCCAGCUACUGAAAGAAGCAGGCGCUGUUCCUUAUGUUAAAACCAACGUACCGAUCACUCUCCUCAGUUUCGAAUCAACAAAUGACGUAUGGGGAGGUGCGUAA